UGAUAUCCCCCCGCAUGAUUCUCCAAGACGUUGUAGACCAGAUCAUGGAAUAGAGUCACAGCUUUCUAGACAUGACUGCGCUCGUUUAGAACAUCAGCUGCCUUGCACGGCACAUGGACACGGUAUAGAGAGAUUAGAAGUGAGUGAAAUAAACGGUGCUUGGCUAUAUAAUAUAUCUAAUUCGGGUGAAAGGUAAACAGGGGAGUCGUAUAUUGUAUUUGUAUUUGGAGAAGAAAAAAAAACUAACUAAUAAUGGUCAAAAAACGAACGGAUGACAUGACAGACAACUCCAAGAACGAGAUGAGAGUGAACAGGCUGACCGUAGCAUUCUGUUACUCCAAGGACGCAUUCGAGGACGUCAGAGAAUGAAAAGAGCUCCAGAAUACAGCUACACAGAUUGACAGGUUGACCACUGAAUGUCAAGAUGGCCCACCUUUUCCUAGCCAGCAAAAUCUCUAUUCCAGAUGACUCUAUCAAUAAAAGUGCACCGAAAGUCCCCAAAAGCGCCAUGAAAAUGCCCACAUCUACCUCUGAGAAAGUCAUUACAGAGAAAUCCAACAACAACAACCACAACCAGAAGGACCGUAGCGUUGUUGUGACGACCGUCCCGUUAAUCAACGAGGUGCAGCUGACGGCGGCCACCGGCGGGGCAGAGAUGUCGUGCUACCGGUGCACCGUGCCAUUUGGCGUGGUGGUCCUUAUCGCCGGUAUUGUGGUAACGGCCGUGGCAUACACGUUCAACUCCCACGGCUCCACCAUCUCGGUGCUGGGGCUGGUUCUGCUGUCGGCUGGCCUAGCCCUCCUGGGGUCCAGUGCUGUCUGCUGGAGGGUCCGGCUGGGGAGGAAGAAGGACCGGAGGAGGGAGAGUCAGACGGCCCUCAUGGCCAACCAUGGACUCUGCGUGGUCUGAGCCCUGAGGGAAGAGAGGGACUGUUAAAGUUUGAAGUUUCAACAAUUUGUAGUCAAGGUGCCGCUGUGGCCUGAGGGGAAGACUUGGACAGUGGAACAGUGGGACUGUUAAAUGGAACAAUUUGAAGUUUGAACAAAAAGGUAUCGAAUGACAAGAGACUGGAGAGAGUUGAGGGAUGUCUGAGCUGGUUGGGUAUGAAGGACUCACACAUUAUCAAAAACAGAUGCUUAGCUGAAGGACUAGAAUGGGUUACAAACUCUAGCUGUUUUGUAGAUGAGAUACUAUCUGGAAGGGCUAUAUGCCUGGAAAGCAGGAGUUGGAACUGAAAUUCAUUUCCAAAAGUUGACCCAUCUUUUUUUCAUUCUGUUCCGUUGUUACGACAAGCAAAAUAAAGUUCUGAACUGGUUCGAACCCCAAAAAAGUACCUGUUUAUAUCGUUCCUUUCUUGUUUCUUCAAGUCAACAGUUGUUUACAUUUAGCUCAUUAAAUGACUUUACCAAUCAGUGUGGAUAGAGCAGGCAAGCUAGUUGACAAACAAGUGGCGCAAGAUGCGACUGAAAUAUUGCGGAGAGAGCGACAGAGGGUUAAGGAAGAGGCUUGAAGUGCUGGGCAUCUUGUUAAGACAUGCAUGAUCUGAAUUUAGGUCCACAGAGUUAUACCUAUGAGGAGCGGCUUCUAUGGAGGAACAUUGAAUGUCCUUUGAGCUAGCUAGCUAACAAGUUGGAGCUAGCUAGCUAACAAGCUGGAGCUAGCUAGCUAACAAGCUGGAGCUAGCUAUCUAACAAGCUGGAGCUAGCUAUCUAACAAGCUGGAGCUAGCUAGCUAACAAGCUUGAGCUAGCUAUCUAACAAGCUUGUGUAUGCACCAGAAUUAAAAAAUACGUCUUACCUUUUUAUAGUUAAUAAAUCCAAUGUGAAACGUGAUAACUAGGCCUUUAGUAUUCAUAACUAGCAUUCAAAAAGUUAAUCCAUUCUUCUCUAACUGAUUAAAAAUCUCUCUCCCUAUCUUCUGAAUUCCGCUUGUAACGUCAGUACAGAAGCCUAUGGUAACGUCAGUACAGUAACCUAUGGUAACGUCAGUACAGUAGCCUAUGGUAACGUCAGUACAGUAGCCUAUGGUAACGUCAGUACAGUAGACUAUGGUAACGUCAGUACAGUAGUCUAUGGUAACGUCAGUACAGUAGCCUAUGGUAACGUCAGUACAGUAGACUAUGGUAACGUCAGUACAGUAGCCUAUGGUAACGUCAGUACAGUAGCCUGUGGUAACGUCAGUACAGUAGCCUAUGGUAACGUCAGUACAGUAGACUAUGGUAAUGUCAGUACAGUAGCCUAUGGUAACGUCAGUACAGUAUCCUAUGGUAACGUCAGUACAGUAGCCUGUGGUAACGUCAGUACAGUAGACUAUGGUAACGUCAGUACAGUAGCCUAUGGUAACGUCAGUACAGAAGCCUAUGCUUCAGAAGGGGGAGGGGCAGAUAGCCUAAACAUGCACACACACUGGCAAAGAUUUUCAGUUUGCAGGCAGACACUGGAAUAAGUUUCUGAGUGACGGAGUGAGGGCAUUGCAUAGGUGCUUUGCUGUGUUUUUUUGAGAGACUAUAAAAAAUGCUUGGAACAUAAAAUAACGUUAUUAAUCGGUUCCCAUGCUUUUAAAAUAACGGUUCUGUUCCGGAACAGUAUGGAUCCCUUUCGUUUUCCGGUUCCGUUUCUGUUCCUUGAAAAAUUACGUUAUUUUCCAUUUUUUGGGUUCUGUUCCCUGAACCGGUUCCAACCCCUGCUAGAAAGACUAACUGUUCUGUAGCUAAGAUCCUAUCUGAAAUUCUGGUGGUUUGUUCUCCCUGGACAUUUGAAAAGACCAGGAUCAAGAUCAUGGAGGUAAAUAUGGAGUAUCCAAAGAUGAGUUAUUGGAAAGGAAGGAUAAAGUAAGGUGAAGUUGCCCCUAGAUUCUGAUCUUGAGUCAUUUUUGCAUUUUCCUCACUAAUGGUUAAGGUUAGAUUGGGGGAGGAGAAGCUGAUCCUAGAUCUGUACCUAGGGGAAACUUCAUCCUGGAGCAUAAAGGAUUGUUACACGGUGGACCAUGAUUCUCCAUUCUACUAUUCUCAUGCACGUCACGUGAUGUAUCUGUGACUCUAUUGCUGCUCUGUUGAUGUUUGAAGUGAACAUUUAAUAGGUACUUAAUGUUACGUUUUAGAUAUGUAGUAGACUGGCUGACUUUUCACGGUCAAAGCUCACUAUGGCAAUGUAAAGUGAACUUGUAGGAAGAGAUUGUCUAAUGAAGUCAAAGUAUCUCUCUCAAGUUCAAUAUGCACAGCUUUUUAUGCUUCCUUUUAAAACAGUGCUCAUAAUUUUAAAUAACAAUACAAUAUACCUUUGUAACUGCCUAGUAUGCAUAAUAUUGAUUCAUUUAAUACAUGUUGUGCCAAAUGUGCAGUUUUUCAUUGUUAGACCAGAGCUGUGGCUAAGCAAGUUGUGGUUUCAUUGAAAAUUGUUAACAAAUAUAGCAUUGUACUCUGGUUAAGUUGUAUUUUCAUGCUAUUUAUGACAUAUCCAUUGACAUAUAUUUGGAAUAUUUGUGCCAAUAAACUUAAGACACAAAAUCAA